GUUAUAUAGUUACUACCAUCACUUAUCCAUCCCGUUCAAUCAUGUCUGGAACCGCCCGACACCGUCUCCAAGCGCUCAGCCAACAAUUGGUAGAAGGGAUCCCCGAUGCAGGGAGCUUCGAAGACAUUCCCAAGAUACGUCAAGUUGCUCAGGAUUCAGUGGGACCUCGAGUGAAAGACAAAGUAGCCAUUAUAACAGGUGCAAACUCCCCCCAAGGCAUCGGCCGCGCCACCGCCCACCAAUACGCCCACAACGGCGCCAAAGCCGUGUAUCUAUGCGACUACAACGCCUCCCACCUCGCCACGCACAAACGCGAGAUGGAAUCGCUGUACCCAGGAGUCGACGUCCACAUCCGGCAAUUCGACGCCGGUGACGAACCCGCCGUAAAGGCUGUCGUGGAAGAUGCCAUUGCAACCUACAACCGAGUGGAUAUCUUCUUUGCGAACGCGGGGGUUCUAGGGCACGCGAAGAUCUUUACAGAGAUUACGCCGGAGGAGUUUGAGACGACGUUGAGGUGUAAUACGAUUGGUGUCUUCCUGGCUGCAAAACACGCCUCCAUCGCCAUGAACCACACCUCCCCCGAGAAACCUUACCCCGCCGGUUCAAUCAUCUGCACCGCCUCCGUGGCCGGUCUCCGCUCCAAUGCCGGCUCCACGGAUUACUCUGCCUCCAAGGCCGCCGUGGUCUCCAUCGCCCAGACGUGUGCGUACCAGCUUGCGGGCUCCGGCAUCCGCAUCAAUGCCAUCUGCCCCGGGUUGAUUGAGACGGGCAUGACCCACGCCAUGUUCGAGGCGGCCCGCGCGCGCGGCACCCAGCGCAAGAUUGGCCAGCUGAAUCCGUUGCAGCGGGGGGCUGUGGCCGAUGAAGUCGCGCGCGUUGCCUUGUUCUUGGGCAGUGAUGAGAGUAGUUAUGUCAACGGUCAGGCGUGGGCUGUCUGUGGUGGCUUGAGUGCUGGGCACCCUGUUGUUCCGGGAAAACUAGCUUAAUCUUUUUUUUUUUUCCCCCAUAGUCGACUACAAGUGUCCUACUGAAGAGAUGUAAUGCACUUAUCAACAAUCGAUUAAACUUUAAACCGCCAAAGAUUCAGUAGACGGUACAGAGAAGACUGCGCCCAAUUCAACAGCGCUCGGACUCAGAUGGUAGCUUUCAAAGCAGCUCUGUCGAGAAACUAUAGACAAAAGGAAAUUAGAGGGGAAGAGGAUAGGAAAUCGAGAGAGAGUGACUGGCCCAAGAUGGAUGCCGCGAUCU